AUGUUGUUAGUUUUCCUUAUCAUUAGUGUCAUUAAUGUUGUUUCCAAUGCUCAACAAAUGGAAUUUUGGCUUACAGAUCCCGAUGCGAAAGUUCUCUUUCAACAACAACCAUCCAUUUCGCCUAACUCUGACAAUGAUGUCACCAAUGACGUUAUCACAAUCAAUGAAAACGUAAAAUAUCAAUCAAUCGAUGGUUUUGGUUAUACCUUAACUGGUGGAAGUGCAAUGCAUUUGUACAAUCUCGAUAAUACAACGCGUGCACGAAUCCUUCAAGAACUAUUUGCUGUCGAUCAGAAUAAUAUUGGUGUGAGUUAUCUUCGACUUAGCAUUGGUGCGUCUGAUCUUGACGAAGCUGUCUUUUCCUAUGAUGAUCUACCUGCAGGUGAAGUUGAUUACAACAUGAAUCGGUUCGAUUUAGGACACGAUCGUUUAUAUUUGAUACCAGUUUUGAAGGAAAUUUUGGCGAUUAAUCCUGCAAUAAAACUGUUAGGUUCACCAUGGUCACCACCUGUAUGGAUGAAAAGUAAUAAAAAUAGUAUUGGAGGAACUUUAUUAGCCGAAUGUUACGAUGCCUAUGCGCUCUAUUUCGUUCGAUACAUUGAAGAGAUGAAAAAGGAAGGCAUAACUAUCGAUGCCAUUACAAUUCAAAAUGAGCCGUUACAUCCUGGAAACAAUCCAUCAUUGCUGAUGAUAGCACCAGUUCAAGCACAGUUUAUAAAGCAAAGCUUGGGACCCACAUUUCGACAACAUUCAAUCACUACGAAGAUUAUUGUUUAUGACCAUAAUGCUGAUCAUCCGGACUAUCCGAUAACGAUCUUGAAAGAUCCUCAAGCAAAACAAUACGUCGAUGGCUCAGCAUUUCAUUUGUAUGCAGGACCCAUUGAAGCUUUAUCCGCUGUCCACGAACAAUUUCCAGAUAAAAACCUUUACUUCACUGAACAAUGGGUAGGCGCACCGGGAAAUUUGAAAGGUGAUUUAGUCUGGCACGUGAAAAACCUUAUUGUAGGCGCCACACGAAAUUGGGCACGCAAUGUUUUAGAAUGGAAUUUAGCAGCUGAUUCCAAGUUAGAACCGCAUACUCCUGGUGGAUGUACAUUAUGUCUAGGUGCUUUAACAAUUGAUGGAAAUGUCGUGGCAUCACCAAGAAAUCCUGCUUAUUAUAUUAUUGCGCAUGCAGCUAAAUUUGUACGACCUAAUUCAAUCAGAAUUGAUUCCAAUGUUGUGUCCGGUCUUCCAAAUGUCGCAUUCCAACGACCAAGUGAUCAAAAAAGAAUAGUGAUAGUUGUUAAUGACAAUGAUCUCACGAAGAAAUCAUUUCAAAUACAAUGCGGAGGAAAAGUGUAUGAUACAUCACUCAAUGGAGGUAGUGUUGGUACCUAUUUAUGCUAA